AUUCUGGGAAUUGUAGUCUCCAUAGGAAAAAUAACUGCUUGAUCUGCGUGGCGUGGGUCUGUAGCUUCUGAGGAGAUGGAUGGGAAACGACCCGCUGAGCCCGGCCUGGGCCGGACGGGGAAAAAGAGAAAGAAGGAGGUGAUGGCGGAGUUUUCGGAUGCUGUCACUGAGGAAAUCUUGAAAAAGCAGGUGGCUGACGCCUGGAGCCGCAGGACGCCGUUCCGUCACGAAGCCAUUGUCAUGGACAUGGACCCCUUUCUUCACUGCGUGAUCCCAAACUUCAUCCAAAGCCAAAACUUCUUGGAAGAGCUUCAAAAGGAACUUUUGAACUUGGACUUCCAUGAAAAGUAUAACGAUUUAUAUAAGUUUCAGCAGUCUGACGAUUUGAAGAAGAGAAAAGAGCCUCACAUCUGUGCUUUAAGGAAAAUUCUGUUUGAAGAUUUCCGGGCUUGGCUUUCUGACAUUUCCAAGAUUGACCUGGAAUCAACUAUUGACAUGUCCUGUGCUAAAUAUGAAUUCUCAGAUGCCCUACUGUGCCACGACGACGAGCUGGAAGGGCGCCGGAUUGCCUUCAUUCUUUACCUGGUUCCCUCCUGGGACAGGAGCUUGGGGGGCACCCUGGACCUAUACAGUGUUGAUGAACAUUUUCAGCCGAAGCAGAUUGUCAAGUCUCUUAUCCCUUCGUGGAACACACUGGUUUUCUUUGAAGUAUCUCCAGUAUCCUUUCACCAGGUGUCUGAAGUCCUGUCUGAAGAAAAGUCGCGUUUGUCUAUAAGUGGCUGGUUUCAUGGUCCUUCUCUGACCAGGCCUCCCAACUACUUUGAACCUCUCAUACCUCGGAGCCCGCACAUCCCGCAGGAUCAUGAAAUUUUGUAUGAUUGGAUCAACCCUACCUAUCUGGACAUGGAUUACCAAAUUCAAAUUCAAGAAGAGUUUGAAGAAAGGUCUGAAAUUCUCCUGAAGGAGUUCCUGAAGCCUGAGAAAUUUGCAGAGGUCUGUGAGGCUUUGGAGAAAGGAGAUGUGAAAUGGAGCAGCCGAGGUCCCCCUAACAAAAGGUUUUAUGAGAAAGCUGAGGAGAGCACACUUCCUGACACACUGAAGGACUGCAUGGCAUUAUUUCGCUCCGAGGCACUGUUCUUGCUGCUGUCCAACUUCACAGGCCUGAAGCUUCACUUCUUGGCCCCUUCAGAAGAAGAUGAGGUUGAGGAUACAAAAGAGGGAGAAGCAGCCUCUGCUCCUGAUAUCACUGAAGAAGGGACGAGCUGUAGCUCCUCUGAGCCAAAGAGUAACCUGGAGGCCACUGGCAACAACAGCCAACAGAGCAGUGAACAGACAGCCCCAGAGCCAGCGGAAAACGAAGCCCAGACUGAAUCAAGUGUUCCCACAUGCCAGGGGGAGCUGAGGCACUGGAAGACUGGUCACUACACUUUGAUCCAUGACAACAGCAAGUCUGAAUUUGCCCUGGACUUACUUCUUUACUGUGGCUGUGAAGGCUGGGAGCCAGAAUACGGUGGCUUUACUUCCUACAUUGCCAAAGGUGAAGAUGAAGAGCUGCUAACAGUGAAUCCAGAAAACAAUUCUUUGGCAUUGGUCUACAGAGACAGAGAGACUCUUAAAUUUGUCAAGCAUAUUAACCACAGAAGCCUAGAACAAAAGAAAACCUUCCCAAACAGAACAGGAUUCUGGGCCUUUUCAUUCGUCUAUUAUGAAUGAUAGGGCUGGGCAAAGCAGAAAAAAAGAGACCCUUCAGUACUGGAAAGUCUGGAAGAGCUAGUCUGGCAUCGAGUGGAGAGGAGCUAUAAGGUAAUCUGUCUGGCAGUGUCCUUAAAACUGUGUGUGGUUGUCCUUUAACAGGACUCACGGGAUUGUCCUUAAUCUAGACCUCCAGCUUGGAGAUACAUACUUAUCUCUUCAUUGAAAAGUUUCUGUCUUUUUCUUUAAUAUUCAGUUCUUCGUUUUCCAUAUUGACUUCUUCGGUGAUUUAAAAAAACAAAAUUGUGGUAAAAUAUAUAUAAACCAUUUUUAGUGUAUGGUUCAGUGGCAUUAAGUACAUCCCUACACAGUUGUGCAGACUUCACCACCAUCCACUUCCAGAACUUUUUCAUCUUCGCAAACUGAAACUCUGUCCCCGUUAAGUAGUAACUCCCACUCCUUCCUCCAGCCAGCAUCUUGCAACCACCAUUCUAUUAUCUGUCUCUGAAUUUGACUACUCAUAUUCCUUGUGUAAGUGCAAUAGUACAAUAUUUGUCAUUUUGUGACUGUCUUAUUUCACUUAGCAUAAAAUCUUCAAGAUUCA